AUGACGUCUACCGUUGACGAUCAGAACAAUGGUAAGAGAGAGUAUCUAUCAUCUCUAUUAAAUCGAUUAUUAUUUCAUUGUGUAGAUAUUCUCGUGGUGGAUCCAUCACCUGGACAAAACAAUCUAUUUUCGGAUCUUCAAGAAUCUCUAUCUCGUUUUCAAUGCGCGCUUGCACAACAAUCAUCAACGGACGAGACUAUUGAAUGCAACAUCGCCAAUCAUUCCCAAUGCAUACUUGAUAAAAUUCAAAGUAUCGACCAACUUGAAUAUUCAUCAGAAACCUUCGAUAUCGCUCAUAUGGUAUUUCGAGUCUAUAUCAGCGAUAUUCUUCCACUAACUGAUAAGUAUGAAGAUAUAUUAUCGUUACUGUUAAGUACAAAGAUUAAUUUCAAUCUCGAGGCCUUGUUCAAGCAGGAUGAAAACUUUACUCGUCGAUUAUUUUUUAGUACCCUUGAUUUACUUGCAUUGCCAAUCAUGGUCGAUUAUCUCGAAGGAAAACAAAAAGAAACACAAACACAUCAAUUACAAAUUGCAAUGUGUGUUAUUAUCAAUCGACUUCAACUAACAUCCGCAUGGAUGACUUUCGAGAAAGAUGAUCUCAACGAUCAGGAAUCAAUUUUGAGAUUGCUUUUGAAAUUUAUUAAUUCAAAUAUUCACUGUGACGAUUCUUCGAUAAUCAAACAACUUUUCAAUCUUUUCAUAUUUCUAACAGAAAAAACCAUUCUCGUACCAAGUUUUAUUAAUGCCGGUUGUGUUAUCUACAUUUUACAAUGGUUAGAAACGGAACAAUUAGCAUACGAAAUCCAAGGUUCGUGUAUACAUAUUUUUUAUAAUUUAGCACAAAAAAGUGAAGGAGCCAAAGCUUUGAAUCAAGCAGAUGGUCUUCGAAUACUAAAAGAUUGUACAAAUCGUCUACUCGAUCCGAAUGUGAUUAAUGGACAAUAUGGCUUCGAAAAUAUGCAAUUACUAUACUGUAUGGCUAUGUCUUUAUUGAUUGAACCGAAACAAAAUCAUGAAUAUGUCAAAAAUCAUCGUCGAAUUCUUGAUUAUCUCCUGCAAUCGACGAUAAAUGCGAGUACCAUGGAUAAUUUUUGCUAUGCUGAUUUUCAUAUUUCACGGCCAAUUGUUGUUCUUACAAAAUUAUUUGUACAAGAUGAAAUAAUAAAAUAUAUAUUUGAUGAAGCACCAGUGAAAAAUUUUCCUUUAUCAUCGAAAGUAGCAUUUUUUGCUAAUUUGCUCAUUCGUUUCCGUGGAGCAUUAACGAUGGAUGAGGACGAAGCUAAUGCAUUGACAUUGACUGCUCUAUUCAAUAUUCUGUGGAGUAUUUCAUUUCAUGACGAAUAUCUUUCUGAACUUCAAACUAAUCGACAAUUUUUGCUUACUGUGAAAACAUUUGCUUACGAUUCAAGUGAAAUUCGAAGUGAAAAAUAUGUUUUUUCCAAUAUGUCUCCGAUUUGCAAAGCAGCCAAUGGUAUUUUGUUGAAUCUUGGUGAAAGUAUCAGCACGCGUGUUCCGCAAACACCGAACAUCAUAGUUCAAUCAUUGGCAAUACCUCCAGCAAAUCAGAGUAAUCGAAUUAAUUUGAUGAUCAGCUAUUCACAUGCAAAUGCAGACUUUUGUCAUGAUCUUGUCAAUGCACUUCAGAAGGAUCCUCGUCUCGAUAUUUGGGUUGAUUUUAUCUAUUGUCGUAGUGGUGAUUUGUGGGAAGAAAUAAGUGAAGCGAUUGAAAAUGCUCAUGUUAUUCUAUUUAUAAUUACAAAAGAAUAUCAAAGUAGUAAAUCGUGCCGUCAAGAAGUUAUGUAUGCAAGAGAUACACUAAAGAAACGGUUUAUUCCUAUCUAUUUAAAAAAUGAUUUUGUCGCCAAUAGUUGGUUAGGCAUACGUAUUGUUGGUGCGCAAUACAUUCGCUUUGGAAAACGAUCUUUCGGUGACUCCAUUACAGAAAUUCUUAAUCUAAUGGUCGAUAAUCCAUCACAAAAACAGAAACAAAAUGCACUCAAACAAACAAAGAUGUCCACGACUCUUGCCACAGAUCCGAUCGAUAUUCAGGAUAAAAUUCUUGAUAAACAGUUAGACAAGAGUCAAGAUCAACCGAUCGAACUGAUUUUGAACACUGUUACUAAUCAACCAAAGCCGAUUGAACAAUGGACAUUUGAGGAUAUUGAUCAAUGGUUUCAUCAGAAUACUAUCGAACCGAAGUUAAAAGAUCUCUAUCGAUUUCAACAUACUACCGAUCUUCUCUUGUAUGGACAAUGUUUACAAUCGGAUUGA